GUGAUUUGGAAAAGAAAGAAAAGAAGAGAGCUGCAAAACUUCCCGGUUGAUCUCAUAAUAUUUACUUUUAAUUAUCUAAUUAAUCAGGUUAUCAAAACUGUCAUAGUCGAGAAGGGAGGUUUCAGGUUCGAGAAUCUUGACUGCAGCUGAGAUGAUUUGGAAGAUGUCGUUGUCCCCUUUUGGGAUCAGAUUCUCCUGCGAAAUCACGAUGCGUGUUAGUUACAAAUUGAUAGUAACACAAUUGAUUCCUGUUGGUGAAAAGGGGAUCGUCUGGUGUCUGCUAACUCCUUCAAUUGACUUUCCUCAUUUUCUUCAUACUUUCUACGCUCCUUUAUCAUGAAGUCGAUUCAUACAAUUCAGCUCCUUCAUAUUUGGAAUGCAACAAUAGGCUUAGUUUUGUUUGGUCUUCUUGUCGGGGUAAGCACCGCUAUCAGAUCAUUUAUUGAUAAUGGAGCAUCAGCGGCCGGUUUUGGUAGUUUCGCAACGUUUGCAUACCCAGCAACCUACGUCUAUAUGCUUAUAACUACAGUAUCGUCUGUCCUUUACAGCAUUAUUUUGGCUUCUGAUCUUAGUCCUAAUUAUAAAGCUUGGUUGCCAUCGAAAAUUUUGCGGAGCACUAUAUUUAUCUUUACAGCAGCUGUGUUGCUAGCCGCGCUGCUGCCAGUAUUGCCGGGUGCUGAUGUGAUGGCUGAUGGAUCAGCUAUGGAUUGUUUGUGGACAAAUUAUAUGCAAUGGAAAGUAAUAUUUAAUAAUCCUGUAGCUUUUCCUUGGGUUACUGGCAUGGACAAAGCUUGUACAAUGUUUCGAGUUUCAGAAGUAUUCUGUUGGAUAUUGUCCCUGGGUUGGUUAGCAGAAUCGGUAUUUUAUGUUCGUAGUGCACGCAGUGCGAAAAGCUUUUUGAAAGAAUAAAUCAUGAGAGAAUGAGGAAAAAGUAAGGAUAAUAUUGAGCAAUGACUGAAUGAAUGUAGAACUGUCUUCAUAUCGAGGAUCUUCUCUUCUCAAUUUGCUAUAUAACAGAUAUCAAGCUGUCAUCGCUGCGUUUGAAUGACCUAGAAUGAUCUAUCCAAAUACUAUAAAUUGAAUAAAGAAUAAUGAUACUUAUAGUUUUACGACACACAAUUGUUCUACGUCAUCUAUCUAAUUUGUCUCUCAAUUUAAUACAGAUCUUUCUAGUUUUUCAGGGAUCACAGCUUUGCUUACUUCCUCAUUUGAAAUUCAACCUUAAUCUUUUAAGCGAAGGUGCCCGCACUAGGUAUGUAAUUCGUAGUCCGCUGAAGGCAUAGUAGAAAAUAGCCUAUUCGGGCAACUUAGAACACGGAUAAAAAGAGCCCGUCUACGAACAGGAGCCAAGCGCGGUA